AACCCUUCCAUCCUACUCAGUCUGCCCUGGACUCUCGCCGCUCUCCUGUUUCACUGGCUUCGCCUGUCUGUCUGCUCUCCAGUGGAGUUUCACUUAGCACUGUUCAUCAGCACCAAGGAUACACCAGAGGAGGACCCCUUUUCUAUCCUCGCCGGCCGGCAGGCAGGCUUUUUGCAAACAAUUAUUGUGGCAAAAGAGCUAGAAAGUGAGAAGCUAGAAGCUGCUGCUGAGGCGUCGAUAUUUUCCAAAGGAUUUCAAAAACAAGCUCCAGAGGCUGCUGCGCCAAAGCGUUGUCGAUGACUGAGAUCUCUGCAUCCCAUGAUGGACAAAAAAAGUGCCAAUGGCUUUCAGACAACGGCCAGUGAAGGCGGUGUUCAGAGAAAGCAAGUGCCCUACUCUGUCGAAACUCCUUAUGGCUUCCACCUGGAUUUGGAUUUUCUCAAAUAUGUGGAUGAUAUUGAAAAAGGCAAUACCAUCAAAAGAGUCCACAUCCAACGUCGGAUCAAGGGUCCUCCUAAAUUCAGUACACUACCCAGAAACUUCAGUCUCCCAGGGCAUGGGAUCCGUCCAGCCCCUAAGGAUAGCCCAUGGUCUGGGACAUCUACCUUGGGACCAAAACCUAAAUUACGGCUAACAGAGGUUCCGCAGAUCUCUGAUCUGAAAGCAAACGAAGUGGGAACUUUAAGCCGAGCGACAACCAACCAGGCAGCCAAUGUUGUUUCAGCUCGACUUCGAGAUGAAGGACUUCUGGGCUCUCCGAGUAUCGAAGAGAAAAUGAAGGGCACUCAAAUGCGUCCCAAUUUGCUUCGAGCGUCAAGUAUGCCCGUCACGUUGCAACAACGGAAAGGUUCUGACUCAAGUAGUCCAGACCGUAUUGUGGGAACGCCAGAGAACGGUUCAACUGAAAAUGUUUUUCGAGCAUCACCAGAUAUAGCAGAAAGAAGAAGCGCUCCCCAAGAACGAGUGGGAAUUCACCAGCAGAUCACGGUGGCUUUGAAGCGGGUCAGAGAGCUUGAAGAACAGGUCAAAACCAUCCCUGAACUCAAAGCUCAGAUCUGCUCUCUAAGGUUGGAGAGGGAGCAGCUGCUGCGUCAGCUUCAAGCCCAGCAAAAGGCCCAGGCUGCAACUUUAGCAUCUAAGACGGCCCCAUGUGAUGAUGCCCAACCACAAGCAAGCAGACAAGGCUUUAAUUUGUCCCUGACGCCACAACCUCAUCAGAAUAUAAUAACAAGAAAGGAAAAGAAACAGGGGAGCUCAGAGGCUAGCAUGCUUGAAAAGGAGGCGUUGGUGAAGAAUGUGGCUCAACGAGAAGCCAUUAUUCAGUCAGAGCUCCCAGAAAUAUGCCACCAACACAAAGAGACCGUAGGUAGUCCACUUGAACACGCAGGGCAGGACGAAGGCAAUUCAACCGAAGGAGAUCGUUUAGGGAACUCCAGUAGUGUACAGCAAAAGCUUGUAUUACUCGAGGCUAAACUUCUCAAGGCUAGUCAGGAACUGGAGAGAACUAACGAUAUGUUGAAAGAACAAAUAGUGGAGAACCAAGUGAAAAAUGAGAAACUACUGCAGCUUAGCGAGGGAAUAAGAGGAGAGGUGUCUCCAACAGAACCGCACAGCAGACCCAGAAGAGAAAGUAUAGACACAGGGACAGAGACUGACAGAGUAGACUAUGCCAACCAGGAAACAGAGACAGAGUCACCCGGUACAGUCGAUCAAGGAACUGAUACUGAAAGAAUCUGUAUUGCAUUGUCCCUUCCCAUACCAAGAUCUGGAUUGAUCGAUAAAGAAACGGAGACUACCAUUGUGGACACUCAGGACAAAGUGACAGAAGUUGCGUCAGAAUUAUUGGAGAGUAGCCCAACAUUGCCCGUCGUCAACAGCAUGGAACAGGCUACCGUCACUGAAAUAGCCACCAAAAAGAAUCAGACGACUGAGACAACCAUCGCUAAAUUAGAGGAAGACACGGACUAUCCACAGAGGUCAAGGGCCAGCAGCGUUGAUAGGGGGACAGAGACGGAGAGGGUGGACACAGUGGACAGGCUGACAGAGACGGAUGUAGCGCAGAUGAAUGAUCAGCAGACUGAGACAGAAGUGGAAAGACCUCAGAACAACAAUUCAGUCAGAAAUGCUCAAACAGAGACUCACGACGAUGAAAUUACAGGCAAUGAGUGGAAUGAGGAUAACAUUAGGCUCAGUGAAAGUGAGGAAGGCAAAACAAUAAAUGAAAGAAUCCAGGCAGAGCACAGAGGCAUUGAAGCUGUUACAGAAAAAAGUGAGGCUUCAGAUUCUGAGAACCAAACCCAAGAAAGUAGAAGAUCACAAGUUGGAACAGGAGAACUAGCAGAAGCUGUCACAGACGUAAACCUCGUGCAAAAUAACUCGGAAACGAAAGCAAAAUUACUUUCAGGCAGUGUUGAAACACACACUUUAGGGAGUACUGUCACUGUUGAAGUAGCAUCAGAGCGAGCCUCUGUGAAGACAGGAGUUCCAGUAAGACCUCAGAGAGGUCGUAGGCCAUCCGCAGAUCAGUCACAACCGCCUGCUCAGCCUCAAGCUACUCCUGUGUGUCCCCGUAGGGGAUCGGAUGAAAUUCAAGGUCAUCCUCCAAAGGCCUCUGCAGAACUCUGUGACCCACAAGUCAAACGCCAAUCCCCAUCUCAGGCUCAGUCUGUGGACAACACGACAGACUUAGCAUGUGAGAAAGAAUCCCAACGGCAACCUCAAAGUGACGUUCAAAGCCUAUCAUCAGGCACCAAGGAAGUCCAAACGCGACCAAAAUCGAUCCAAGCUCCAUCUAAAACUACAAGUCGCCGGGAUUCAAAGGAGCUGAAAGCAGCCACGAGAGGAUCGCAACCUUUAAGACGUGGAUCCGGCGACGGCCGCACACGCCGCUCGUCGGGUGACGCCCAACCUCAGUCUGGAAGAUUGUCCGAUGAGAGUCAACCGCUUAAGAGAGAACCUGAAUCACAAACGUUACGCAGAGGCUCCAGCGAAACAGUUCAGCACCGCAGUUCCGCUGAAGCCGCGGCGGCCUCACGUCGCGAUACCGACGAAGCUCAGCAGCCGCGCAGAGGCUCGAGCGAAUCACCCACUUCGCCUGCGGCUUUGGGUCAAGUGGUAACCCGGAUAACGGGGCUUCUGGGCGAGCAGUGGGCUCAGUUGGGGAGCAGCUCCGGAGCGCAACCGUCCGUCAGCCAGCAGCAGCAGCAGCAGCAGCAGCAGCAGCAGCAGCAGCAGAGCGCCACGGCAGAGACGGGAAAGGGCGCCUCGGCCAAGCCUGCGGGAAAAGGCGCCGGGAAGCCUGCCCCCUCCAAGAUGAGCUCCAUUCAAAGUCAGUUGGUCAGUUCCCUGAGUGUUCUUUCUGCCUUUUACUCACCAAGCCAAAAAACUGCUGGCAACAAACAGCAAGAUCAAGGUCUCAAAUCUAUUAUGAAGAAAAACGGGGACGCUGACAAGAAAGGGAAUAAGGGAAGCAAGAAAAACCUGAAGUUUGUCGGAGUGAAUGGAGGGUACGAGAGCACGUCCAGCGACGAGUCCAGUGGAGAGGAGAAGGCCAAAAUGGAUGUUGAGGGGGGGAGCUUAGAGGCAGAGGAGAAAGAGAAAGAAAAGGAGGCGACUUCAGCAGAAAAGACUGAGGAGGAAGCAGAUGCGCAGAACAAAGAUGCGGAAGAAGGUGCAGUGGCCCCGGCACACAAAGACCUGCUGGAUCCCCACACCAGCCAGGAGCUCCUGGGGGAAGAGGCUGAGGGAGAAAAAGUUGACAAGAGCUUUAUAGAUGCUUGCCUUUAUGUAAAGGAUCGCAUGGAGGAGGUCACAUCUCCAGAUAAAGAAAUGCGUCAGGUUUUAGUGGUCCUCUACCAGGAAUGGUUCAAAGUUUCCAGUCAGAAAAGCUCGCAGGCCGAUACGGUGCGAUUCUACCUGCGCCGAGUGGGCUUGACCACACCGACUCUCCUGCCAUAUGUUGUUAACCUGACGGACGGCAACGGUAAUAUGGCUCUCCACUACAGUGUGUCGCAUUCAAACUUCCCCGUGGUCAAACUGCUGCUUGACACCGGACUCUGUGAAACCGAUAACGUGAACAAGGCAGGCUACACUCCGGUGAUGCUGGCCGCACUGACAGCUGCUGAGAGUCCCGACGAUUUAGAAGCGGCGCAACAGCUCCUGGGACUGGGUGAUGUUAACGCACGCUCCAGACAGAUGGGUCAGACAGCCCUGAUGCUGGCCGUGAGCCACGGCCGCCUUGCCAUGGUGAAGCUCCUGCUGAGUUGUGGCGCCGAUGUAAAUGCUCAGGAUUGCGAGGGCUCCACAGCCUUGAUGUGUGCCAGCGAGCACGGCCACACUCACAUUGCCCGCCUGCUGCUGGAGACGGGCCGCUGUGACACCAGCCUCACAGAUAAGAAUGGACAGACCGCAAAAGAGGUGGCAGAGGGAGCUUCCCACACAGAUGUUGUUGACCUAAUCAAGGCCCAUGGCCAGCCUGAAGACAAAGCUGGGAAAUGAUGCCAGCACUCUCUCUCUCUCUCUCUGCAAAUGUGCUCUCUGUGGCUGCACACAAGCAAACUUUGGAGACACUCAAGCAUGCCCAAACUUUGUUCCUCCACAUUGCAGCCAACACUUUGCCUGGGGUUUCCAUAGAUAUGCUGCAUCAACCACCCAGUGGACACCACGAGAAUCGCCUUGAUUGAUUCAACAGGUCACGUGACAGUGAGAGGAAUUUCCAAUCGGAUGAGAAAGAUAACUGCUGCCUCUUUAUAAUACUCUUCAGAAUUCAAGCAUAAUACUAAGCACAGAAUCUACCUUUUGAGUAAAUACGUAUAUACAGUAUGUAAGAUAUUCACCGUGAUAUUCAGCAUUUCCUUUUUCUCUCCAUUAACAUAUUUUUGAAAGGUAGACAUCACAAUAUUUCAUCAGAUUACAAAUAUAUUCAAACACAGAGUCUGUAUUUUCUACUAUGUUCCUAUUUUUAUUUUUGUAGAUAUUGUUUUGUAAAUACUCAAUGUCCAGGCCUUUAGCUGAAUUAUUCAAUCAACUUUAAAAUAACAAGAAUAAUAUAAUUGUUUCCCAUCACCCAGCUGAUAUUUUACAUGUAUUCAGUGUCUUAUUUUAUAAUAAUAAUAAUAAUAAUAAUAACAAUGAAAUGUGAUUUGCGUGUGUAUGUGUGUGUGCGUGAAUUUCACAAGAAACACUGAUGUUUCAAUCUACGAUAGUGUCGGUAAAACAAAAAAAAAAAGUUCAACAGUAUAAAAUUUAUUUUAUAACUAUUAUUGCUGCUGUCGGGCUGAAAACUUGCACCUCUAAAAGAGUCACUGUUCAGGAGAAUGGCAUAUUUGUUCAACCAAUAAUGUUGCAUUACACAGAGAGCAAGCCAUUGUCAAAAUAACAGCCACAUGUGUGGAAUGGCCAACAGUCUAGAUUUUUGAACAAUAUAUCAAAUUGACCAAAUCGUGACUGAGAAGGUUUCGGCCCGACGGCUGAGAUAUAGCGCUCAUAUUU